UUUUAAGAUCGACCAAUUACAUAAUCGAACGAGAUAUGCGCGAUAUUUAAAAUGGCUGUGUAUGAAUUUCGUCAUUAACGAUUUUAUUUUGUAUUUUUGAUAUAUAAACAUGGAAGAACAGAGAGAGUCGAUUUCUAGUCGAUUAAUUAAAUUAAAUCAAUUAUUCUUUGAAAGACUUAAAGGAAAUGUUACAAAUCGUCAUAUAAUAUCCAGAGAUGGGUUAAUGGAUGCUUUAUUCGCAUUAUAUGAUGAAUGCAAUAAUGAAUAUAUGAGAAAAGAUAAACACAUAGCAGCUUUUGUAGAUAAGUUUCGUAAUGCUGUAAUCGAAUUGAGACAUCUUCAAGUAAAUAUUGGUGAUUUUGAAACUAAAAAAAUAAUUGGACAAGGACAUUUUGGAGAAGUCCAAGUUGUAAGAGAAAGAUGCACAGGGGAUGUAUAUGCUAUGAAAAUAUUACGGAAAAGUGAUACGUUAUCUCAGCAAAGUGUAGCAUUUUAUGAGGAAGAAAGAGAUAUUAUGGCAAAAUCAAGUAGUCCAUGGAUUACUAAACUUCAUUAUGCUUUCCAAGAUAGACUACAUCUUUAUUUAGUUAUGGAAUUUCAUCCAGGUGGUGAUAUGUUAUCUUUCUUAGAUCAUAACGAUGAUCAAUUAUCAGAAGAUACUGCAAGAUUUUAUCUAGCAGAAUUAGUAUUGGCAAUUCAAAGUGUACACAAUAUGGGAUAUGUGCACAGAGAUAUAAAACCUGAUAAUAUACUGAUUGAUCGAACAGGCCAUAUUAAAUUGGCGGACUUUGGAUCAGCAGCAAAACUUGGAGCUCAGAAGACUGUAUUAAGUAAAAUGCCUGUUGGUACUCCUGAUUAUAUUGCUCCUGAAGUGUUAAUGGCUAUGAAUUCUGGGCCAGCUGCAUCCUCUACAUAUGGAGUGGAAUGUGAUUGGUGGUCUUUAGGAAUUGUUGCAUAUGAAAUGCUGUUUGGCCAUACUCCAUUUAAUGAUGAAAAAGUUCUUGCUACUUAUAACAAUAUCAUGAAUUUUAAAAAAUCUCUGAAGUUUCCAAAUGAUGAAGUUGAAGUAUCUCAAUCAGCAGUUGAUCUAAUUAAAGGUUUACUACAAGAAAGUACUGAACGUUGGGGCUAUGAACAACUUUAUGUAAACAUAUUCUUCAUUGAUAUUGAUUGGGAUAAUAUCAGACAAAGUAAGAAUUGUUUUAGGAAAUAA